AUGAGGAGAACACGAUUAUUAGUGAUGUUAGCCGUAUUUCUGGCCGAGCGUUGUUCGGCUGCUGGUGCUUCACCCAAAAUUAUACUAGAUAGUCACUUUGCGUACAUUAUACUGGGAGGGGAUCAUGUGGCGGAAAGCAUUGGAAGGUACCUCUCUGCUCGGGAUACCAAUAAAACGGUGCUAGUGCUUAAGGGAAACCGGUGUAACGAUGUACUGGAACCAUCCGAACCAUCGAAGCUGUGGUUGGAGGUAUCGUACCUCUUUGCCGAGAGUGCUCACUAUCUGGGGUACGAGUUUAUCGAUCCGUUUCUGCACGGUUCUAAGCCGGGCAUUGCGUUCACGAAUCAAAGUGCAAACUUUAUUCCACCGCUGCAGCAACUGUAUGCCGUCGAUCCGAAUCUGAAGAUGCUAACAGAUGCUAGACCACAGAGGAUCAUCUACAACAAGGCAUCUUCAACAGCAUUAGGAGUUGAAGUAAGUAUCAACUUUGAAACACACUACAUCUUUGCCAAAGAGGAACUCAUCAUUGCUGGAAGAUGUUUGGAGGACUAUCAAUUACUUUCUCAAGCGGAUAUAGUGGCGUCCGACACUCUGAAUAAGUUGCUCACCGAUAUUCCUCUCGAGAUAGCGCUUAAAAGUCCCAUCAUAGCACCGAUCUACAGUCUUAACAGUAUUACACCGCACAGCCCAACGCUCCCAAACAAACAACCAUAUUGUUUGCUGGCUACGGAACUAUUCAUCGAGACACUUUCAAAAUCGGAAACGAUCAAACAGGGCAUACAACCAAACGCUAAGGUGAACAUUGUCGUGAAGGAACAGGAACCAAAUCCCUGGAUAGGAUUUAAUCCCUCCGUCAUAUAUCCGGAGUCGGCUGCGGAGUUAAACGACCCAGCAACAAUAUUCAAGGUUCUUGCGGAUACGAUUGAGGUGUGUUUGAAAUUAGGCACAAGUCAAACAUUUCAAAAGCUAGGUCUAUCACUUCAACCACAACAGAUACCAGAUUCGGCCGCAUAUACCUGCCCACCAAACGCACCCGACAGCGUGCUUUGUUUUGUAAACUAUACGCUGUCCACCGUAUACAACAGUGUCGAGGUAAUGAACUUGUGCCAGCCCUCCAUUGACCCUGGAGUAUGUUUUGAUCACCCGGCAAAAGUGUCUCCCCAGCUGGAAAUGGAGUAUCUUGCCAAUGACUUUCGUUUGAAAUCGUCUCGCAAUCUACGACUACUUCCAUUUGGGCUCACAUCACCGUUCCUGGAACACUGGUGGAAAGGAAUAUUCUCGCCCAGGAAAGUGAUACGUGAAUAUACGACCCGAAUCGGUAUCUUGAGACCAGAGCUGACGCAACUCAAGCACCUUUCGAUUGAUGCGCUGUUGGACAAGCUAAGGGAACGAUUAAAGGUUAUUGAAAGUAUGCCGCCGAAACAUUAGAUAAGCGAAAGGGUGCUGCAUGUGUGCGAUACCUCUAGUCGUACAAUGAUUGAUGCGUGACUUUCUGAUAGUACCUAUCACUGCGGAGAGUCAAUAGUCAAUAAGCUAUAGCGAAAUAAGGCAACUGAUGGAUAUAUAUAUUUCUUAGCGAACAUUGGUGCAAGUUAGCCAAGAAUGGAAGAUAUUAUUGAAUAUACAAUAAAAUACGUUUCAGUAUGAUAUUUAAUAAAU